GGAAAGUGAAAUCCACCCAAAUACUCAAAACUCGUCCACACAGCUCAACUCUGACGUUUGGAUCCUUCAGUGUCUACCAUGCAGGCGGCGAUUGCACCGAGCAGUCGGCCAUUUCGCCGUUGAAGCCUCGCAGCCGUUGCCGACGCCCCACACCAGGAUUCGGAAAGCCUUCGGAACAACCAGUCGACGACCACAUCCUCCCAAACCUCACCCCUCACUUCCCCCUCCUCCUUCCAAAAAUACCCUCAAUCAAACACUACUUACCCAUCAUGGCGCCCGACCUCUCCCAAAAUAAAGCCGUCAAGAUUGUCGCCCACGCCGCCGCCAACAAAUACGCCAUCUGUGCAACCUGUUGCUACAACGUCGAAGGCAUCCUAGCCUCUGUGCGCGCCGCCGAAGCCCAACGCGCGCCCCUAAUCAUCCAACUCUUCCCGUGGGCCGUCGAGUACGCAGAUGGCAUCCUCGUGCGCGCCGCCCGCGAGGCAGCAGACAAGGCCAGCGUGCCCGUAGCCCUGCACAUGGACCACGCGCAGACACCCGCCAUGGUGAAGCGCGCGGCCAGCUUCGAGCGCGGCUUCGACGGCAUCAUGGUCGAUAUGAGCCACUACGACGAUAACCUUGAGAAGACGCGCGAGCUGGUGCGCUACUGCAAUGAGCGCGGUAUCGUGACCGAGGCCGAACCCGGCAGGAUCGAUGGCGGCGAGGACGGCGUCGGUGACCUCGCGGAUCUGGGCUUGCAGGCUAUUCUCACCACGCCCGAGCAGGCGGAGGACUUUGUUGCGACGGGCAUUCACUGGCUGGCGCCGGCGUUUGGGAACGUGCAUGGUAAUUAUGGACCGAAGGGGCCGCAGCUCGAUUAUGAGCGGCUGAAGCGCGUGCAUGAGAAGGUUGGGGGGCGGGUGAAUCUGGUGCUGCAUGGCGCAGGGAAGAAGUGGUUUGGCGAGAAGCUCAUCAGGGAAUGCAUUGAGUGUGGCGUGGCGAAGUGCAAUAUUAAUGAUGCGUUUAAUGAGGAUUUCCUGAGCGUUAUGCGCGAGACGGGCCCAUUGACGGGGCUCAUUGAGAAGGCGACGGAUGCUAUGCAGAAGAGUAUCGAGCAGAUGAUGGUUUGGAUGGGGAGUAAUGGCAUGGCGGAUAAGAUGUAGAUAUGAGUAUGAUAUAUGUUCGUCUGCUGAUCUGACGAAGCAUGGUAU